AUGCCCAAGACUACAGUACUCGAGCUCUCGGUAAUGGCGAGCAACAUCAGUGAAGGCGAGGAGCGCAUCAUCGCUCUGCUCGAGAAAAUCGCGGAGAACAACGGCAACGAUGAUUCCGACAGGUUGGCGCAGACAGCCAAUGGCUUAUCCACUGCCGCCAUGACCGUCUCUAUUGUCGCGCUCGUGAUUGCUCUGCUCCAAGCACUGCUCGAGUAUGCAAGCUCCAAUGAGAACCACCGGGAAAAGUGCAACGUCGGUGCGAUUGGGCGUGCUGCCAUGUUGCCAAGAGGGUCCAAAUGGUCUUGGCGUCAUUGGCGGCGCAAAUAUACGUAUCCAGUUCUCAACCUGAGCGCCUUACGCGUUCUGGAGUCUCUUCCUGGUGGGGACGCUGAUAUUGAAAGACUUGAAAAAAUCUUCAGGGAUGCCGCCGCCUCGCCCUAUUCUCAGUCAAUUACCAAGGAUGAUUCCAGACAACCACGACGGGCAUUCGUUUGGCGAGAAUGGAAAGUGGAAAAAAAGCAUUUCAAAUCAUUCCUAGUUUGCUACUGGCCUUGGGUGCUGUAUCACUUGGAUACAAAUGGCCGGGGUUCUCUGCAUGUGUACCGUCGGGAGCUUCCUCCACUCCAGCGGCUGCGGUGGUAUUGGUUUUCGCUAUUUCAAACGCGAAACGAAAAACUGCAUCCCCGAGCAACGUGGGCACAGCUUCUUGAAGCGUUCAAUAUAACCGAGCUAGAAAAUCUGGCUGCUGAUCGCAGAAUGGACGCGGAAAAUAUCGCAUCGUCUGUUGAUGUGCCGACACAGAAAGUAUCUCUUCAAGACCUCGGUAUUUUGGCCUUUCAUCUUGGAAUGAGGACUGUUGAUAUCAGUGUAACCGAUAGGACCAUCCUGGCAUUUGGUCCGAGAGGCUCAAUUUCCACUGAAGACCUACCCGGCUUUGGCAAGGUUGUUCGAUUUCAAAGUCAUGGUGAUUUUAACCUAGGUUUUCGCUCGCCAACUCUUCGUCGUGAUCAGUCUGCUCAACUUUUUGGCCAACUUUGCUUUGCAUCCAGUGCUGGUGAUGUCGAGGACAAUCUCUGGGGACGACUCUCCAUUUUCCCUCGCGAGUGGGAACACAAACCUGUUUCGUCUGGCAGGACUCCUCGAUUGUUCACAGAUUACAGUGAUGAUCUUGUAUUGCCGACCACAUUCGACAAUUCGGAAGCUGAAGCGUGGGAAAAGCUGAAGAGCCUUCAAACUUGGCGAGCAGAGCAUGAACAUUACGGCAUUGUGUGGCCCACGAUAUUUCUGGCGGCUACUGCUGCAUGUCUUCCCGGUCAGACUCUGGGCUUUCCUGCUCGGCUCAUGUUACGGCCAUUUCAUGAAUUUCUACGUCAAUGGGCGGAACAAGUCAGAGAUCGCUGUGGCCUACCCAUGGAACCAGCACAGCGCAGAAAUCUCAAGGUUUCCGAGUGGCUCAACCUCGAGCAGCUCCAGUUGCAAGACCUGUGCAUAGUGGAUUUUGGUGGCUCAGCAGCGGUGAAUAGUGUAUGCGAGUUGUCCUCGUGGGCCUUCUGGCAAAUUGGAAUAGAAACGUUGCAAGAGGUGGAGUUCCAGCUGUGCCAGGAACGUUAUACCAUGGACAGUAUUGAUACGUUAAAUGGGUUCGACAACUAUUUUCAACAACAAUAUGCAACUUCAGGAGAUGCACAGGAAACGUACAGGAUCCUUCCCGAAAUUACAUCCUUGUUCGCUGAGUACGACCCAGAUUCCUGGUCUGCUGGACUUGGAGAUCUGCGUGCAGGUCUCGGGCCAAAGCGACCACAAAAUGUACUCUGGACACAAGUCAUAUUACUCGAUCUUACCAUUCGAAAGUUGCUCAAUUCAUGUCCGCCAGGACCUGACUCAUCCCCGAAAGAUCCGACAAAUCCGCAAAAAGACGAUUUGCCCCAUCUUUGGAGGAUUAAUGCCACCAGAGCUGUCGUUGGAUCCUGGUCUGAUCCAAAUUCUGAAUGGCCACUGCAAAAUCUAGAAUCUUUUCUUGUAAAGGCCUUCAAUAUCGAUGAGAACGACACUGAGAAUCGAUAUCGCAUGACGAAGCUCUCCGGUCUGAUCCAACUGCGGACUCUGUGUUUCUUGGCUUACUUGAUGGUUAUACCUGACUCAUCCAGCUUAUAUCUUGCAAGGAAUCAAGAAAUGGUUGUGCUCCCCAUGAUUUGA